AUGGGAAGAAGACGUGUGAGGAACCGGGUGAGGAAACCAAAACCUGUGGACCUCAUCCACCAGGAGGGCCCCCAACCAGAGGGCCCCCAACCAGAGGGCCCCCAACCAGAGGGCCCCCGACAUGAGGGCCCUCAACCAGAGGGCCCCCAACCAGAGGGCCUCCAACAGGAGGGCUUCCAACAUGAGGGACUCCACCAGGAGGGACCCCACCAGGAGGGACCCCGACAGAAGGGCCUCCAUCAGGAAGUCCCCCAACCAGAGGGCCUCCAUCAGGAGGAUCUCAUCCAGGAGGGCCUCCAACAGGAGGUCCCCCAACCAGAGGGCCUCCAACAGGAGGGCCCCCAACCAGAGGGCCUCCAACCAGAGGGCCUCCAACCAGAGGGCCUCCAACCAGAGGGCCUCCAUCAGGAGGAACUCAUCCAGGAGGGUCUUCGUCAGGAUGGUCUCCAACCAGAGGGCCUCCAACCAGAGGGCCUCCAACCAGAGGGCCUCCAACCAGAGGGCCUCCAACCAGAGGGCCUCCCACAGGAGGGACCCCGACAGGAGGGACUCCACCAGGAUGGACCCUACCAGGAGGGACAACGACAGGAGGGACCCCACCAGGAGGGACCCCACCAGGAGGGACCCCGACAGGAGGGACCCCGACAGGAGGGACCCCGACAGGGGGGCGAGGACACCAACACCGAGCCUGGAGAGAAGGCCUUAGGGACUUUGAAGGCCAGGCUGACUCCGAGACCGGGCGGGACAUCCAAAACGAGCAUGAAGAAAAUGGUCAUCAUACUCUACCUAAGGAGCCCUUUGAUCAGCAGACUAGGGAAUCUGCUGAUCAAAGACAACGAUGUCCUGGAGAUGCCAACUGACGGCAACCACCACAUUGCCGUUGGUCAACAGCCCAUAAACGCCCUGAUCUCCUGCAUCCCGAUCCUCAACCAGGAUCAACCGGCAGCCACCCCUCUGCCAGAUGUAGUACAGAUCAAGGAGAAACCUUUUGUUGGUCUUGAACAACAAGGCACCUCCGAGGUCGUUAUGGGCUGUACAGAACCUGUGGCCACCCAGAACAACACUGAAAUCCCGGACAUGACAGACGACGAAGGGGAGGAACCGUUGCAGGACUCCAAAGAAAAGAGCCUCGGUUGGAGAUUCCUCAAUUGGCUAAGUGUGGUGGAGAAGUACCCCAACCAUAAGAGGAUCACCAGGAACUAUCUGAAGGAGGCCACGGAGGAACACCUCAUCUCCAGCAAGGCUUUUAAACAUCAGGCUGCUUUGUUGAGUACAAAGCUCUCCAUGGGCGAGAAAGAGCAGAUACGGAUGAGGAUCUACCAGGCUGAGCGCCGGGAGCAGAAGGAGGCUCUGAGGCUGAAGGAGGAGCAGCGCUACGAGCAGUGGGCUGCUGAAGUGGGCCUCAGCGAUGCAGGAGAGGGGCCAGAAGAUGGGCCUAAGAAAAGGAUGACCAGAUUGGAUAAGGUGGCUUUGGGUUGCAUUUCCAGAUUGGUCUCCCUGUUCCAAUAGGCCGAUCCCCUCCACUCGGCCGACCCUGGUGCGGGUCACCUGUACAUACAUAUACAAUGCAACACAAAAAAAUUCAAAGAAAUACCAAAAUACUACAAAAGAAUACAAUAGCAAUUUUGAGCUUUAAAAAACAAGAAAAAACCUGAAGAUAACAUGGCCCUAUGGACCAAUCACCCAUGGCAACGGUAUCACCGUCUUCUCAGGGCGUCUCUUCCAUGGCUUAACAGGCCAAGUUCAAGAGCAGCUCAAGCUGGAAGUACCAACAGUGUAAUGUUUCAACUGUCAUACUGUGUAUUUUUUGCUCUGUA